AUGCAUCACUUUUUCAAAGGCCAGUUCUUCGAUUUCGAGGUGGUACGCAUCCUCGGCGUGGCCGUCUAUGGGGGCUCAGACAUCGCUGAGGUGCUCGAGGCCGUCGGGCACAUCAAGGACGGCGAUGCAGAGAGCUGGGGCCGCGCAUGGAAGACGCAGGCGGAGCGAGCCGAGGCCCUGGCCGAGGCGGCAAUGAAGGCAGGGCACCACCCUAUCGCGCGCCAGGCCUUCCUGAGGGCGUCCAACUACACGCGAGCGAGCGGAUACAUGCUCUGUGGGGAUGGCCCAGAUCGCCCCCAUCCGCGGCAGCUCGAGGUAUGCGAGCGGGUGGCCUCGCUCUUCGGCAAGGCGGCUACCCUAUUUGACCACUGCGACUUCCAUCGGCUUGAAAUCCCGUACAAAGAGGGAGGCUUGACGCUACCGGCUUAUUUAUACCUUCCACCGCACGACAAGCGCCUCCCAGGCAAGAUCCCGAUCCUCAUCAGCAGUGGUGGUGCGGAUGCUCUCCAGGAGGAGCUGUUCUACAUGCAUCCCUCGGCCGGUCCGUCUCUUGGGUAUGCGGUGCUGACGUUCGAGGGGCCUGGCCAAGGACUGACCCUCCGUCGCCACAACCUCAAGAUGCGGCCGGAUUGGGAGGCCGUGAUUGGGGUUGUGCUGAGUUUUCUCGAGCGGCUAUCAGAGACCCGUCCAGAACUCGAGCUGGACACGUCACGAAUUGCCAUCGCUGGCGCGUCGUUGGGCGGCUAUUUUGCGCUGCGAUCGGCAGUAGACCCACGCAUCAAAGCAUGUGUCGCCCUCGAUCCGCUCUGGAGCAUGUGGGACUUCGCGACGGAGCACGUAUCGCCCACCUUCAUCGGCGCGUGGGACCGUGGGUGGAUUGGAGACGGCUUUGUGGAUAGCGUCAUCGGCCUGGCCAUCCGUUUCUCCUUCCAAAUGCGCUGGGAAGUGACCACGGGAGGGACCUUCUUCGGUCUCAGAUCGCCGGCAUCCAUUAUGCAGGAGAUGAAGCGGUACAGCCUAGCCUUACCCAGCGGUGAGAACCACCUCGAGCACGUCCGAUGCCCUGUGCUGGUGUCGGGCGCAUCCGACUCGCUCUAUCUCAAAGAGAAUCACCACACGAUGCGCGUGUUCAACGCGCUCACCAAUGUUGCAGAGGCGGACAAGGCCCUAUGGCUGGCAAGCACGCCCGGCGAAGGUUCGCUUCAGGCAAAAAUGGGCGCGUUACGGCUGGCAAACCAGCGUACAUUCCAGUUUUUGGACCUUGCCCUGGGCAUCAAGCGAGGCAUGGCAGAUUAA